GCCUCUCGAACAGCAGAGCAGAGCGGUGCACUUCCCGCUUGCAAGACAGAGCGUGCCGCCGGGGCCGCCGCCGCGGCACGCGGAGCAAGAGUCCGACCACAUUCUGGAACCCAUGGGGAAACGUUUGCACUACGUGGCUAUGCGUGGCUCGAUUGCGUCGCCAAGCCUUUGGAUGUCUCGAAGGAAGCCUGCAUGAACAUAAGACACCGGAGGUCUCUGGACCCCCUGGCGGAGCCUCCGGCGCCACCCCUGGCGCGCUCUGCGCGCCAGGGACGGAGGUCCAGCGCCGAUCCAGUUCCGAAAAUGUAUGUAUGUGCAUUUUGCUCCGCACAAUCGCGACGUCAAGAGCUUGCAUGUCUGAUGCUCCUCGACAAACACGCGCGGCCGUGCAAGCAGAUGAUUAUGGUGCCCAGGAGUUUCCAAGUUCACGAGACCCACCUAUUUAGGGUGUCCCCCACAAUACCGCUUGUCCUGGAUUUGGCUUUGCGUCAGGGCAGGGAACCGCAGAACGACAGCGCAUGAGGAAAACCAGCUUGUAUAGUCGGCAACACAAGUGGAGGAGGACAAGGAGAAAGGAAGAAAGGGCAGGAGGAGGGGGGGAGGAGGGGGAGGAGGCUGGAGGAGGCACUUGCUCCCUCCACAGCCUUGGCGCCCGUCCACUUGUGGGACGGGUGGCCUCCAAGGGGCACGCCUGUGCACACAACCACUGCUCGAGUGCUGACGAGCAGCAUGCACCCCGCACCCGUGCGGCCCCGCGUGACGAGCAGAGCAUGGUGUUGUUCUGCCCGGCCGCUCUCCGGCACCGUGCUCCGACACCGAGAGUGGUCGGCGCUGCCUACUCGCAGUUUGAACAUAUCAGUUUCGUUGCAGCUUGGACGCGCGGCUCGGCUCCGCCCUUCUCGACUAUGUGAUAAAACCAAAAGUAGGCAUCGGGCUUGCGCAGGAUUGCCUGUGAAACUUGAGGCGUUCCAGCAGGGCGAAGGCUAACAGCAGUGUCGCAAGCCAUUCCAACAUAGGAAUCCCAUAUGCGCAUGACCGCCUGGCAGGCCCAAGGAGUGAAGGCAGCGCAAAUACCAUCGG